UAUACUCAUAAGUGGAACCUCUCUCUCUCUCUCUCUCUCUCUGAGAAUCUCUCCAUGUUUGGGGGAAAGAUUCUCUUGGCAGGGUACACAACCCUUGUUGUUCUUGUCCUGUUUUCUGUAAAUUGCUAUGCUUGGAAAAAUCCCUACCUCUGUGACCCUUCUUCGUGUGGAAAUAUUGAUAACAUCAACCCUCCCUUUAGAUUGAAAGGCGAUCCAAAAAACUGCAGAGACGAGAAGUAUGAAUUGGAGUGCGAGAAUAAUCGCACAGUAUUACACUUAUUCUCCGGAAAAUACUACGUGGAGGAGAUCGACUACCACAACUAUAAAAUCAGAGUUGUGGAUGUGGGCAUACACAAGGACGAUUGCUCUCUUCCUCUUUACUCUUUGACACAAUACAACUUUAAUAAGUACUACUAUGAUUCUCCAUAUCAUUUGAGGUACGCGUAUGCAAGUAGUCCAGUAGUGUUCAUGAAUUGCGAGAACCCAGUGAAGUCUUCCCUCUACAUAAACAAUACUUGUAGCAAAGGACGAGGAAAUUCUUCCGGGUCUGUAAAAGGGCAAUAUUUGUACGUUGUGGUGGGUGCGUUGAAGGUGUCAGAUGUGGCGGAUUUGUGUACGGUGGAGAUGAUGGUUCCGAUUGCACAGCCGCCGUUGUUGAUGAGUGGUGAAAAUGGUGGGAACAUUUCCAUUUCCUUCUCGGACGUCCACAAUGCCAUGGCUAAUGGAUUUGAGCUUUACUACGAUUUCUGUCCACCGAAUUGGACGUCCUUCCAAUGCCUCAUGCGGAAGAUCGCUGUCUAUUGGCUAUGUUCUGCUAGGUUGUUUCUGCUUUGAAAGUUGGUUGCUGGCAGCAUGCAGGGUGGAGUUCUUGGUUGGCAGGGGUGUAUUGUCUUUGGUUAAUCCUAUAGGAUGACAUGCGAAGGGUUCUUUUGCUAGUAGCUGGGUUGUUUUUCUGCAGAUUGGCCAUGUUCUGCUGGGUUGGUCUGUGAAGCUGGUUGCAAGAAGCUGCAAUGAAUUUGAGAUGUAUGGGUCUGGAUGGCUGCUGGUUGCAGCCUGGUCUGAGACUGGGGAGUGGUGGAUGGCUGCUGUGUUCUGCAGAAGGGGUAUGGUGUUUGUAUGACAUCUCCUGGCUGCUCUAAGGUCUACUGUGGAUCUGUGGUAGCACAAUACAUGGCUGUUGUGAUCCUUAUGCUCUAGUCUUGCAUUAGCUUGUCUCUCUGGAUUCCGGUUUUGUUGAUCUGAGGCUGCAGAGUUUGGCUUCUCUAAUAUUCCAUCUCAGUAGCUGCAAAGCAUCAAAGGUUUUAGCUGUUCUGUUUUCUUCUGGCUGUCCUUCUCUUUGGGUGUCUUUGGUUGGUUCCUCACCAAUCCUGGGUCGAGUGCUAGCAUAUGAUUGCGCUUUCUAUGCGGUGCCAACCUAGUUAGGAUCGUUAAUUUUAGCUAUGAUGCUCUCUGCACUCCUCUGCUUUGUUGAUGUAAUUUUGCAUGUAUUAUGCCUCUUUCAUCAAUAAAGUUUUAUUUUGUUGAUAAAAAAAAAAGUAAUUCCCCCAAAAAACUUAAGGAAUCACCAUUUCAUACAAUUCUCUCUAAUCCCAAUGAACCACAUAGAGUAUUAGUUUUUUUUUUAGGGUAAAU